AUGGCAAGCUUCCCAGAUUCUGUAAACGAAAAUGAAAUAGGUAAGUUGAGAUCCUUUUCACUAUCUUGUGCUUUUGUGUUUUGGGAGGAGGGCUUGCAAACGUGUGAAUAUACAGCUCGCUAGCUAAAAUGUAUUAACCUAGCUAGCUAGGUACUAUGUUACACCUUUCAUCUGUCGGUGACGCCAUAGAUAGUCUUACUUAAUUUAUUUUCUAUUGUAGGUUAAGUCGUUUCUUCCAUAGUAUAUCAUAUUAACUAGACUAGAGACUCACACACUACAGUAACCGCCUGUCACAUUAACCCUGCCCCCGCCGUUUAUACCCAGUGGCCCCACACACCAAAGACGAUAUGGUAGAAACUCUGUGCCCACACACAGCGCGAGCAGUCCGCACAAUGUUUUCCAUGUCCUUCUCUCUGGUGGUGGCGGCGGUAACUACGUUUCUGCAGUAUGACUCAUUCCUCACUAGUCGGGGAUGCGCGCUGAUAUAUCUCAAAGCUGUUGUAUAAAAUUGGUGUUUUGUUGCAAUAGUUUAAAGUGAUAUAUCAAGUCUCGUUUACUUGGCCAACCGAAUGUUUAUGGUACCCAGUUAAAAUAAGUUGGGCUAAUAAUAUAAAAUAAAAUUGGUGUUUUGUUGCAACACUGCAUAAUAAAUGAAAGUGAUAUACAGUACCAGUCAAAAGUUUGGAUGCACCUAGGCAUUCAAGGUUUUUCUUUAUUUUUACUAUUUUCUACAUUGUAGAAUAAUAGUGAAGACAUCAAAACUAUGAAAUAACACAUGGAAUCAUGUAGUAACCCAAAAAGUGUUAAACAAAUAAAAAUAUAUUUUAUAUUUUAGAUUCUUCAAAAGUAGCCACCCUUUGCCUUGAUGACAGCUUUGCAGACUCUUGGCAUUAUCUCAACCAGCUUCACCUGGAAUGCUUUUCCGACAGUCUUGAAGGAGUUCCGACAUAUGCUGAGCACUUGUUGGCUGCUUUUCCUUCACUCUGCCUCCGACUCAUCCCAAACCAUCUCAAUUGGGUUGAGGUUGGGGGAUUGUGGAGGCCAGGUCAUCUGAUGCAGCACUCCAUCACUCUCCUUCUUGGUAAAAUAGCCCUUACACAGCCUGGAGAUGUGUUGGGUCAUUGUCCUGUUGAAAAACAAAUGAUAGUUCCACUAAGCCCAAACCAGAUGGGAUGGCGUUCGCUGCAGAAUGCUGUGGUAGCCAUGCUGGUUAACUGUGCCUUGAAUUCUAAAUAAAUCAGACAGUGUCACCAGCAAAGCACCCCCACGCCAUAACACCUCCUCCUCCAUGCUUUACGGUGGGAACCACACAUGCGGAGAUCAUCCGUUCACCUACUCUGCAUCUCACCAAGACAUGGCAGUUGGAACCAAAAAUCUCAAAUUUGGACUCAUCAGACCAAAGGACAUAUUUCCACCGGUCUAAUGUCCAUUGUUCGUGUUUCUUGGCCUAAGCUAGUCUCUUCUUAUUGGUGUCCUUUAGUAGUGGUUUCUUUGCAGUAAUUCGACCAUGAAGGCCUGAUUCAUGCAGUCUCCUCAGAACAGUUGAUGUUGAGAUGUCUGUUACUUGAACUCUGUGAAGCAUUUAUUUGGGCUGCAAUCUGAGGCUGGUAAUUCUAAUGAACUUAUCCUCUGCAGCAGAGGUAACUCUGGGUCUUCCUUUCCUGUGGCAGGCCUCAUGAGAGCCAGUUUCAUCAUAGCGCUUGAUGGUUUUUGCGACUGCACUUGAAGAAACUUUCAAAGUUCUUGAAAUGUUCAGGAUUUACUGACCUGCAUGUCCUCAAGUAAUGAUGGACUGUCAUUUCUCUUUGCUUAUUUGAGCUGUUCUUGCCAUAAUAUGGACUUGGUCUUUUACCAAAUAGGGCUAUCUUCUGUAUACCACCCCUACCUUGUCACAACACAACUGAUUGGCUCAGACGCAUUAAGAAGGAAAGAAAUUCCACAAAUUAACUUUUAAGAAGGCACACCUGUUAAUUGAAAUGCAUUCCAGGUGACUACCUCAUGAAGCUGCUUGAGAGAAUGCCAAGAGUGUGCAAAGCUGUCAUCAAAGGGUGGCUACUUUGAAGAAUCCCAAAUAUAAAAUGUAUUUUUUUGGUUUGUACAUGAUUCCAUAUUUGUUAUUUCAUAGUCUUGAUGUCUUCACUAUUAUUCUACAAUGUUUUGGCUGGGACUGUAUGAUGUCUCAUUUACUUGGCCAUAGAAAAGUUUGGUCAUACGCACAUCCUUAAAAACAUUGGUGCUGGGCUAAUAAAGAAUACUAGUAUAGAACAAGAAGGCCCGCACACUGUUAAAGCUCCCAAUUCACCGCUUUAUUGAUCUUCGUCGGGUCAUUUACUUGGCCAACCAUAUGUUUAUGGUACCCAGUUCAAAUAAGUUAGUUGGGCUAAUAAUAUGUUGUGUAUUAUAGCUAACUUCAUUUUCAUUCGUUUACAUUUCUAAUGACAUGUCAAAUAACAAAACAGAAUUGACUCUAAGAAGCUCUCAGUAAAAAUAAUUUUAGCAUCAAUUCUGACAUUGAACAUUCAUAUCCAGCUACAGCAGGAGGUCAGUAUAGCCUGGUGGAAUCAGCCUGAUCUAUGUUCCCCUUUCUAUUUCACUGGGAAGUGAAAAUAGAUUGAUGAAUGCAGCGACCAGGCUGGUGAAAUAGAAUGAUGAACGCAGCGAUCAGGCUGGUUCCACCAGGCUAAGGUCAGUUAGCCCCGAAGCAUCUUUUCUACACUGUCAUUCAGAUGUUGCUCACAAGCACCAUGUCAUUGUGGUAUUUGUGCUAUCGAUCCCUGACUGGUCUCUUGUUUCUGUUCCCAGGUAAGGCUAAGUUCAUCGGUGAACUCUUAGUGCCUGUUGCUCCCUUCGACCAGAAGUCCGGGCGAGAGACCUGGACUGUAGCCUUUGCACCUGAUGGUUCCUACUUCGCUUGGUCUCAAGGGCAUCGCAUUGUGAGGCUCGUUCCCUGGUCAAAAUGCCUGAAGAAUUUGUAAGUACCUGUACUAGGCCUAACCACAUUCUUAGUUAGUACAAUUGUGAUCAGAAAAUAACAGGUUAGGCCCUACUUCAAAGGUCUGUUUACAUUUUGAGGGAGGCCUAUAGAAGCAACUAUUCCUUUUGAGUUUUGAAAUUCAACUAUGGCGUUUCAAGUUUCUGAAUAGCCUAACUCAUUUGUCUGUGCAACGAAUGCACUGACUGGUGUGGAGUCCUAUUUGGCAGAGACGGCAGUAGAGCGCAGGGGAGCAAGAGAGACAGUGAUUGUGGCGUGUGCUGGUGUGUUGCUGGUGCCCACUGGGUAUUCAUUUGGCAGCUGCCGUGCCUGUUUCAUUGUCUGGUGUUUUAAGGACCUUAGAGCGCUCCUCCACGCUUUUACUAGAACAGGUUGUACUGCAAACUUACGAAGGCCACUGCAGGGUAAAACGGGGUUGGGGGAAAAACUCCCAUUGUAGCCCAAAUAAUCGCAUACAUUUAGUUUUCAUGUUCAUGCCCCUCAACAGACUGAUCCUUUAUUGAUAUUUCUCUUCAGAAUUAGAUAUUUUUAGUUACUGUUGCUUAAUUCCUGUCCCCUAAUGUUUCUUACAAUAUGCACUUUUGUUUUGCUUGAAUAUCUUGAUGGUGUUCUGUACUAGAUUCUUCUAUUUUUAAAGCAACAGCUGAUGGUUGAUAACGUAGAGUGGACUUUCAUUAAUAAGGAGUUCUUGCUAAACCAAGUUAGAGGAAAGAAAACACUGCUUCUUGUUAUUCAGGAGUGGAAAUAUAGUAAAGGGCCUUGUGUUAUUUUGGCCUAUAAUUUUGGCACGUUAGAAAAGCUGCUGUAAGGUGCAGUCAAACUUUUACAACAACGGUCUUGUCUUUGGCAAGAGAAAGCAACACAUAGCAGCUUAGGGUUUUAUUACUGUAUCCUUAUGUUGUAAAAUAAUGUUAGGUUUACUGCCAUGAAGUCAACUUCUACGUGUCAGGCUGUAAACUCUUCUGUAAAAACGACAUAUCAAAUCAAUACUGGUCUGGACAGGAGGCUGUUGUAAAUGCAGUAUUUGUGCUUAAUUCUUGCUGAGCUUUGAUUGGUUCUCUGACAGGUUGUGUUUGUGGGGGGUUGAGACUAGGGCUGUGGUGGUCACGAAAUUUCUUCAGCCAUUAUUUAUUUUAGACAGGUCUAAAGAAGCAUGAUAUGAAGAAAAUGUUGUCUAUUUCAGAAGAAAAUAAUAUCAUACUCUGAGUUGUCCUUAUGUUAGUUCCUGAUGUGGCUAUGCCAAAUGGCUGUGGGCUACACUAGUUCAUUUAGCAGACAAGAUUUGCUUAUAAUUCUGUGGCAUUAUUUUAUAGUAUGAAGAAUACAAUUGAACAAGGCUGAAUAAAAUAUAAAUAUUUUAUCCAAACUAUUUGAGGGAGUGUUGAGCGGUUAACAAAUAAAUAGGUACUCCUAUUUGCUUAAUUUAGAGUUAUUAAUCUAACUUUACUUGUUCUACAAACGUUGGGCUAUAUGUUUAGAUUUUUAAUACAUUGUAAGGCUGCAUGAUGAGAUUCUAAUGAUGAUUUGAAAAAAGUUGCUUGAAAGGCAUGAGCUCUGCUUUGUUUUUUUGCGCAGGCUGCACACACUCCAAUAGUCUCUCAUUCACAAUUUGACAAGCACUUGAUAAUGCCUCGAAUUUCGCGGCAGCAUCCCCUUUAUGGCCGUUAUGCACCCUAAAAAAAUGCAUGCCUUUUGCGCCCCGGAGUGCUGCGUUGUUCCCUUCUGUCUGAGUGUGCUGCGCAAUCGGAAGCCCUCUCACUCACAUGGCUCUCCGUCACGUGAUUGGGUCUUUCUCACAGGCUACAAAUUAAGACCGACACAUCGGGAACGCAACUGCGCGCGUCCUUAACCAAUAGGCCCUUUUCACGUGACGUCAGACAACUUCCGUUCUGCCGCGAUGCAGGUUAUGUUUACAUCCGGUGUCGCUUAGGAACGCUUAGCUAGUAGCACAUCAUUAUGGAGUUCACCCAGUCCCUUUCACAUCUGCCACCAAUACGACUUAACGACGUAGAACGACUUGCUGACAAGUGGUCCCUUACUUCAAGAUCGAAGCUUGAUAAAGGCUACAAGUUCUUCGUUGAAGGUUACCUGUUUGAUUAUGAAGGUACGUGUUUAUCUUUAUUUAGCUUAAAUUAGCCCUAUGCUAGCGAAGGUUAUGAGCUGACGAGUUUCUGUUUUGCAGCCUCUUUUUAAUAUUACUGCUGUUUGUAUCGACUGUAAGAUAAGAGUCAGUAAUGUAUUAAUGGCUAAUGCUGCGCCCUUUCUCCCAAUCACUGUAUUGAAACAGUCUCAAGUGUAGUUAACGGUGAGGUGACAGUGAGAGGGCGAUGUUACAGGUCCAUGAAGAAAAAUGAGGAGGCUCAUCGGCUUCAGGUUUCUCAGAUAAACAGUUCUCUAACAUUAUGAUAAGAUAGGUUAAGAUAGAUAAGUUUUCUUUUUGUUGUGUUUUGCUGCGGUUGCAGAUUUAAUAAGAAUGAUUCCACAAAGUUCCACUGUGGAUCAGUUUGUUUCUCAGUCUGAGCUCUGAUUUUGUAUCAUUAAACUUAAUACACAACGAAAUUCUUACAAACCGAUGUGGGUUGUUGACGGCAAUAAAGACUGGGAAAGAUUCUGUGAUAACUCAAAAUGUUCAAAUUUUCGAUAAGUGUUGGCACUACUUGUCAAAGGUUUCAGAACAGCCAAUUUUUCUUAAUUAAAAAAAGAAAUUGGGUUUUGAAAAUUGUGUACAGUAGUUUAUAAUGAAACGCAGAAAAAAUGUUUUGUAAGUACAGCACUAAUUGUUAUGUCUCUAUGAACAGGUUACACUAGACUCUGCAGAGGUUCCUGUGGUACUCAAUCACAUGUCAUGUUCCUGCUCUGCUGGGAAAGCACUAUGUAAUCACAUAGUAGCACUUCUUUUUCAAAGUGCUCACUAUGUUACCAUGGGCUUUAAGACAGUGCCAUUGCCUCUGUCAUGCACCAGCGCACUGCAGACCUGGCACCGGCCUAGGACACAGGUCAGACAUUAUUUGUUACACUGAUGCAGAACUUUGCAGUUUGUAUUGACUUUUGACAAUGUAUUGUUCAUCAUUAUUAUAUCACAGGGAAUUGUACCAGAGGCCACCAAUGAUAUGGCGGUGUGUAAACCAGCGGCUAAGAAAAAAACAAGUGUCAGAGCUGGUGUGAAGUGCACACUGUACCGAGCCACUUUUUUUGCCAAACAGAUACAUGGUUACUCUUAUUUGUAAUACUAACCAGGAGAAGGACGGCAGGCAUAGUCGUGAUCGUUUGUCACUGCAGGCAAAGCACCCUCUGUGCUGUCAGGCAUCUCAUGAUCAGAAUCAUCCAGGACAGCAACACCAAGACGCUUUCUUGCUCGCUGGUAAACUGACUCCCGAGCUUGUGAGCCGCCUCCUAUAUGUGUGAAAUUAACCAUAUGCUUGUCAUGAUACAUUUUGGUAAUCACUUUUCAGUCCCUAAAAUGACAAAAUGUAGCAGCUAUAUUGCAUCAGGAUUAAAUUAUUAAACAUUUUGUACAAGUAAUAUAUUAUUGGAUUACAGUAGUAUUACGUUUAACGCUGUCUACCUAUCCUUACCCCAAUCAUUCCAGUGGAAUCUAGACGGCACUGAUCCCUGUUUAAUACGGAUCCGUCCACUGGCCGAUGUGUAUCUAUCCUCAGGGGGAAAGUGCUGACUGCAAACAAAGGUGCUCCCACGAAGAAUCUUAAAACUUGGUCCCUCAUCUCUCCUGAUCGCCCUCACCCAACGGGCACGUAUUUCUCCAUCAACAGGGAAAUCGUGAAAACUCAGAUACGGGAAUUUCUGUUUGUUGUUUGAACAAAAUGGUACACUGCAAUAGCAUCUUCUCGAAGAUUGUGCCAUGCUUCGGUGUUGGAUGGGAUACUGUUGCGAUACAGACACCGGGAGAAAAGAAACAGCUAAAUUAACAUUCAGCUUUGACCAGGAAUCAAUAUUUAUCUAGCUAUCAUGCACAACAGUAUUUGAAUAGGUGAGUUACUAUACAUUCAUGAAUAAACUAACUGCCUAACAAAGGGUUAGAUAGCUAGCUAAGUAAACUUGUUACAUUACAGCCAGGCAGCAAUGUAACGCUACCUUUUAACGUUAUCGGUAUCUGGUACUAAGUUGUUGUUAGCUAACGUUAGCCCACUUUUAAGUAACUAAGGCAGUGAACAAUUAUGAAUUAACAAUAACGUUAGCAAGUUACAAACCAUUGCAUAUACGUAAACAUUAUUACUCUUAACUUUACUAAUUUAACUUAAACGUACCUUUUGGAAUUUCUUCAAGUAGCUAGCUUGCUAGUUAGUGGUCAACAGUUGUAUUUUCGUUGAGAAGUCUCAGGUUACGGGCGAACGGAAGUGAAGUUAACCUGCUACGCGGAAAGGCGGAAGUUAGAUGACGUCAUCGUGAAAAGGGCCUAUUCCGAGGUGCAUAUUGAAGAACUUGUCCACAUUUACUUUUCGUCAGCCAACAAGAUGAGUAGGCCUAAUGAACAGCAAAAGCACUAGCCUAUGUGAAUCUACUAUCCCCCGUAGUACAAAAGUAAACCUAUUCUAUUCUGUACGAGAAAUAAAUAUUCAGAACGUAGUCUGGGACAGUUGUGGGAUGCGAUAGAUCCCAAAUUAAUACAACUAGCAUCAAAAAAACUUAUUUAUGCAACCGAUCUGAACGUUUAGCUUAAAAUGUUGAAACUAUUAGGCUAUUUCUUCACAUUAUAAGCGCUUCAAUUACGUACAUGGUAGUAUGCUAUAUGCGCGAAUGUUCCAUUAGUGGAAAACACCAUUAUCAAAAGUGUCCGCAAAUUGUUGUUUACAGUCCUAGUUGAGUUCUUGGUCUCGUUCUAGAAUAUUCUAGUAGUUGUAGUUCAUUACUUGUGCUAUCCUUCCCUGUGAGGAGGAAACAGAGCGCAGUGUGCUGUGGAGCAAGCAGCCAAUGACACGUGGCGUGUAUUAUCAGUUGCCUUUCUACAGAGCUGGCUAUUUUUCCACACAAUAAAGCCUUGUGACGCCUCCAGAACCUUUUCAACUUGUCUGAGCAAAAAUAGCUUUUUGUAUAGUAGACAUGUUGUGGUACACUGUUUUGUCUUGCCUAUUGGAUGUUGUUGUGGUUAACUAGGCCAGAAUGGUUGAGACAAGUCCUGUCCAGUGGAGAGAUAUUGCUAGAAAUUGAAAACCGGUCAAGGUGUGGAGAUGUGCUAGCUGCAAAAUAUAAGGCAAACAACUUCUAUAUUUUAAAGGUUAAAUAGACAGAUAUAGACAGAGAUAUUCAUAUGGGAAGCCGGACGUGCUCCUCUAAGAUGGCCUUUCUCAAAAGUUUUUGUGCCAGGGACCAGCAAGGCAUGGCCUUCUUCCUCUGGAGACCGCUAAAAAAAUAGAAAAUUCAUAAUCGCCUUUUCUUUAUAAAAACAUUUUAUUUAUUUUUACUUUACACUAAAUUAAUGAAUUAUGUAUUUACUUGGCUUCCUUCAUGGUUUGUUUGUCUGUUUGUGUUGUACUCAUGGGCAGUGUCUCUCUGUCUGGGCUGCCUUCAGGGGCUGCCUUCAGGCAGGGGCUGUCUGUCUAUAAAUGACAAAUAUGAUUUGGUCAUUAUACACAAUCACAUUACCUGUGCUGUCAAUAAAAACAAUGUAGCAACUGUAUCUUUAUAAACAAAUAACAAUCUUUAAUUCUAUCAGUAUAUACAAUGUAAAAAAAUAAAUAGAUUAGUACAAGAUGUGCCUGUCUCUUGGACACCAACAUGUCAAACAUCUUGCGGUUUCUCAAGGUUCUUUUAACAGCCAGUCUGCUGCAAUAUUUAGAUUUGGUUGGAGCUAGAGAGGACAAGACGAAUGAAGUCUUCACUGCCAUCUCGCUGAGUUGGGGGUCUUCACUGCCAUCUCGCUGAGUUGGGGGUCUUCACUGCCAUCUCGCUGAGUUGGGGGUCUUCACUGCCAUCUCGCUGAGUUGGGGGUCUUCCCUGCCAUCUCGCUGAGUUGGGGGUCUUCCCUGCCAUCUCGCUGAGUUGGGGGUCUUCCCUGCCAUCUCGCUGAGUUGGGGGUCUUCACUGCCAUCUCGCUGAGUUGGGGGUCUUCACUGCCAUCUCGCUGAGUUGGGGGUCUUCACUGCCAUCUCGCUGAGUUGGGGGUCUUCACUGCCAUCUCGCUGAGUUGUGGGGAUUCUCCGCUGCUGAAUAACCAGAAUGUGGAAAGGCACAUCUCAUUAAAACGAGUGUCCCGCAUCCCUUUCAUUCACGCCAAACUUGAGCAGCAGUCCUGUUGGUACAGAACUUGAUAUAACGGUCCCGUCGUAAUCCAUAUCCCGUUAUGUAGGCCUACUCGUUCAGAACACAGAAUAUUUCACCUGCAGCUGUAUUCUGAGGCAGCUCUUUUUAAAACAAAUAAAUUAUUCAAAUAUGUAGCACACACACACAAGAAGCGGGCAUUUGAAAUGUCACUCAUCUAAUUGGAUUGCAUUAAAGUCAUGUGAUCAUUGCACUACAUGUAACACUCCUUUCUCCCUCUCCUUUCUCUCCGUCACCCUCAUUUCCCUGUCCUCUCUUUCUGUUCCUUUUCUUUCUCUGCCCUCUCUCCAUCUCGCUCCGCAUCUUUCCACAUUACCCCUCUCCUUCCUCUCUUUCUAUCCCACUCUCCAGCGGUGGAGAAGGCUCCAACGAAGCGGGCCCUCUGCGUUUGUCACUGCAGAACAGCAAGGGGGGAACAGUGGUGCCAGUGGGCGAGCCCAAGGAGCACACCAUCGAUUGCGGUGACAUCGUGUGGGGCCUGGCCUUCGGCUCGUCUGUGCCAGAGAAGCAGAGUCGCUGCGUCAACAUAGAGUGGCACCGUUUCAAGUUCGGUCAGGACCAGCUGCUGCUUGCCACCGGCCUCAACAAUGGACGCAUCAAGAUCUGGGACGUCUAUACUGGUGAGAACCAGAUUAAACAUGAACAUCACGACCAGCUGGACUCCUUUGUUUUCACAGUGUGUUAUUCCUAGUUCCAUGUACCAAUACAAGUUAUUGAAUCAGUAGGGAGGAAGUUGAAGCCUCAGGGAGGUUUCUAGGAUCAACUUUCUCCACACAAAUCCUGGGCUGUGUUUUCAUUCCAGAAAAUCCACCUCACCCUUCUACCUUUGCUCACUCUCACAUAUCUUAUAGUUGAAAGCAGCACGGUAGAAAUUGAGUGGGGCUGUUUACACCUAUGUGUAGGGGAGAGGACAUGAUAUCUCUUGCCUAGAGCUCAAAUGGUGGUAGCUCGCCAGUCGUGUUCUAAAUGGAAUGGAGGGUUUUAUAACAUCACUGGCUGUGCUGUGUUUCCCCUAGGAUUUUUUUCAGCAGCGGUGGCAAUGUUAGCGUUUGGGGGGGGGGGUCAGGCACAUAUCACAUUUACGUUGUAACUUGGCACUCCAGGGUUUUUUCUGGAUCAAAAUUGGGCUUAGUAUUUAGAGGCCCUCCUCUUGGCCGCAGAUUUUGUUGUUCUUGCUGUUUUUAAAGGGAAUUUCCUGCAAUUAUACACAAUGUGUCACAUGGUGCAGAGAGAGUAAAUUGCAGUUUUAAAGCUUCUUUCCUGCAACUCUACACAUUUUGCCAUGGUUUAUGCCGUGUUCUUAUGCUAUAUGAGUGACUCAAACAUUAUAACAAAGUCAAUGGGGGCCCCAUGCCAUGAGAUAUAUUUUUAUUUGGAUGAUUCUUAGUUCUCAAAGAUGAUCUUGUUCUACAUACAUUUUGUAGUGGCAGCAACGAUUUAAAUGAAUAUAGGGGAAACACUGGCUCUGGAUCAUAUGCCUGAUUGCUGUGACAUCAGCUGUUGCCCAGAUGCAGGAUUUUUUGGUAAUCUUUUUAGCAGCCAGUCAUUAAAGAGAGAUUUAUCCCAGUAGGGUUACAUACGCCUUCCUGAUGCACACAGGGUUAUAUAAUUCGUUUUUCUAGUAGAAGAGCCAAGAGAAUGCUCAUUGUUCUGUUCCAGAAGUGAAACAAGGUCGCCAUCCCAUUCUGCCCAUCUCAUCUACCCACCCACCUCUAGCUGGCAUCCUGUUUUAUGGUCUGUGUGUUGAAGCCACAGUCAGUCGGUUAUAUAACGUGUUGAAGUUGAUUUUAGCCCUGCUGGCUGUCUGCUUGCGCCUCCUCUCCUGCGCCCAGGUUUUUUACUGACACUCCUGAUUGAUGAUGUUUGCCCACGGCCCCUCUCUCCCUGCUGCCAACACAGUGCUGACGUUACAACCCCGCCAGGACCCCCGCUCUCCUAGACUCAUUGGUUCUCUCUCCCGCUCUCUUUCUCUAACACACCUCCAUACAGGGCCCUUUAAACCUGCCCUUGAAAAUGUAUCUACCAGGAACACUGUAUACGUAAAUGCCUACGUAUGUACAAAGGACAAAUAGAAUGCAUGCAUACAUACAGUGCAUUCGGAAAGUAUUCAGACCACUUAACUUUUUCCACAUUUUGUUUACGUUACAGCCUUAUUCUAAAAUGAAUUAAAUAGUUUUUUUCCCCCUCAUCAAUCUAAACAAUACCCAUAAUGACAAAGCAAAAACAGGUUUGUACAUUUACGUAAGUAUUCAGACCUUUUACUCAGUGCUUUGUUGAAGCACCUUUGGCAGCGAUUACAGGCUUGAAUCUUCUUGGGAAUGACUCUACAAGCUUGGCACACCUGUAUUUGGGGAGUUUCUCCCAUUCUUCUCUGCAGAUCCUCUCAAGCUCUGUCAGGUUGGAUGGGGUGUUGCUGCGCAGCGAUUUUCAGGUCUCUCCAGAGAUGUUCAAGUCCGGGCUCUGGCUGGGACACUCAAGGACAUUCAGAGACUUGUCCCGAAGCCACUCCUGCGUUGUCUUUGCUAUGUGCUUAGGGUCGUCGUCCGAAGGUGAACCUUCACCCAAGUCUGAGGUCCUGAGCGCUCUGGAGCAGGCAUUAAUGAUCUCUCUGUACUUUGCUCCGUUCAUCUUUCCCUCAAUCCUGACUAGUCUCCCAGUCCCUGCCACUGAAAAACAUCCCCACAGCAUGAUGCUGCCACCACGAUGCUUCACCGUAGAGAUGGUGCCAGGUUUCCUCCAGAUGUGACACUUGGCAUUCAGGACAAAUAGUUCAAUCUUGGUUUCAUUUACAUUUUAGUCAUUUAGCAGACGCUCUUAUCCAGAGCGACUUACAGUUAGUGAGUGCAUACAUUUUCAUACUGGCCCCCCGUGGGAAACGAACCCACAACCCUGGCGUUGCAAACGCCAUGCUCUACCAACUGAGCUACAGGGGACUACAGGCUGUCAUGUGCCUUUUACUCAGGAGUGGCUUCCGUCUGGCCACUCUACCAUAAAGGCCUGAUUGGUGGAGUUCUGCAGAGAUGGUUGUCCUUCUGGAUGGUUCUCCCAUCUCCACAGAGGAACUCUGAAGCUCUGUCAGUGACCAUCAGGUUCUUGGUCACCUCCCUGACCAAGGCCCUUCUCCCCCGAUUGCUCAGUUUGGCCAGGCGGCCAGUUCUAGGAAGAGUCUUGGUGGUUCCAAACUUCUUCCAUUUUAAAAUGAUGGAGGCCACUGUGUUCUUGGGGACCUUCAAUGCUGCAGACAUUUUUUGGUACCCUUCCCCAGAUCUGUGCCUCGACCCAAUCCUGUCUCGGAGUGCUACGGACAAUUCCUUCAACCCUCAUGGCUUGGUUUUUGCUCUGACAUGCACUGUCAACUGUGGGACCUUUUAUAUAGACAGGUGUGUGUGCCUUUCCAAAUCAUGUCCAAUCAAUUGAAUUGACCACAGGUGGACUCCAAUCAAGUUGUAGAAACAUCUCAAGGAUGAUCAAUGGAAUCAGGAUGCACCUGAGCUCAAAUCCAAGUCUCAUAGAAAAGGGUCCGAAUACUUAUGUAAAUAAGGUAUUUCUGUUUUUUAUUUUUUAUAAAUUAGCAAACAUUUCUAAAAACCUGUUUUUGCUUUGUGAAACUUAAUUCCUCAAAGUCAAAUGGUUUAUAGAGAAUUUCACCAAAACCAAUAGUUAAGCUAUAAAAAAAAACGGAUUACUGUGGCUUUGAUUUCUUUAUUUCAUGGCUGAAUAUGGCCGGUGGCAUGACUUUUGGUAGGAUUUGGCUUCAGGCACAAUUAGGGUGUUAUUGUGUUAACUAUUAUAAUAGAUUAUUAUACCCCAAUUUGGAUUUGGCCGACUGUUGGCAGACUAUUUGAGAAUGGCUAUUGUAAUUGAGUCCCAUCCUUCCCUCAAUGGAACCAGUGUUUAGACUGAGUAUCAGGAAGCAACAAAUUGCAGGGAUUAAGUCUGGAUUACUCUGAUUGCACUUAUUGUAUGUCAGUCUACCCAGAGGGUAUUCUGUGUCACUCUGACUGUCAACACCAGGCCCAGCCUUUGAAAUAGAGCUGUCCAGGGCUUCAACUCAUCAGAUAAACAACAAAGAGCACAGUCAGUGGGACUAGUUGUUCAAAUCAAAUCAAAUUUUAUUGGUCACAUGCGCCGAAUACAACAGGUGCAGACAUUACAGUGAAAUGCUUACUUACAGCCCUUAACCAACAGUGCAUUUAUUUUUAACAAAAAAAGUAAAAAUAAAACAACAACAAAAAAAAGUGUUGAGAAAAAAAAGAGCAGAAGUAAAAUAAAGUGACAGUAGGGAGGCUAUAUAUACAGGGGGGUACCGUUGCAGAGUCAAUGUGCGGGGGCACCGGCUAGUUGAGGUAGUUGAGGUAAUAUGUACAUGUGGGUAGAGUUAAAGUGACUAUGCAUAAAUAAUUAACAGAGUAGCAGCAGCGUAAAAAGGAUGGGGUGGGGGGGCAGUGCAAAUAGUCCGGGUAGCCAUGAUUAGCUGUUCAGGAGUCUUAUGGCUUGGGGGUAGAAGCUGUUGAGAAGUCUUUUGGACCUAGACUUGGCACUCCGGUACCACUUGCCGUGCGGUAGCAGAGAGAACAGUCUAUGACUAGGGUGGCUGGAGUCUUUGACAAUUUUGAGGGCCUUCCUCUGACACCGCCUGGUAUAGAGGUCCUGGAUGGCAGGAAGCUUUGCCCCAGUGAUGUACUGGGCCGUACGCACUACCCUCUGUAGUGCCUUGCGGUCGGAGGCCAAGCAGUUGCCAUACCAGGCGGUGAUGUAACCAGUCAGGAUGCUCUCGAUGGUGCAGCUGUAGAAUUUUUUGAGGAUCUGAGGACCCAUGCCAAAUCUUUUCAGUCUCCUGAGGGGGAAUAGGCUUUGUCGUGCCCUCUUCACGACUGUCUUGGUGUGUUUGGACCAUGAUAGUUCGUUGGUGAUGUGGACACCAAGGAACUUGAAGCUCUCAACCUGUUCCACUACAGCCCCGUCGAUGAGAAUGGGGGCGUGCUCAGUCCUCUUUUUUUUCCUGUAGUCCACAAUCAUCUCCUUUGUCUUGGUCACGUUGAGGGAGAGGUUGUUGUCCUGGCACCACACGGCCAGAUCUCUGACCUCCUCCCUAUAGGCUGUCUCAUCGUUGUCGGUGAUCAGGCCUACCACUGUUGUGUCGUCGGCAAACUUAAUGAUGGUGUUGGAGUCGUGCCUGGCCAUGCAGUCAUGGGUGAACAGAGAGUACAGGAGGGGACUGAGCACGCACCCCUGAGGGGCCCCCGUGUUGAGGAUCAGUGUGGCAGAUGUGUUGUUACCUACCCUUACCACCUGGGGGCGGCCCGUCAGGAAGUCCAGGAUCCAGUUGCAGAGGGAGGUGUUUAGUUCCAGGAUCCUUAGCUUAGUGAUGAGCUUAGAGGGCACUAUGGUGUUGAAUGCUGAGCUGUAGUCAAUGAAUAGCAUUCUCACGUAGGUGUUCCUCUUGUCCAGGUGGGAAAGGGCAGUGUGGAGUGCAAUAGAGAUUGCAUCAUCUGUGGAUCUGUUGGGGCGGUAUGCAAAUUGGAGUGGGUCUAGGGUUUCUGGGAUAAUGCUGUUGAUGUGAGCCAUGACCAGCCUUUCAAAGCACUUCAUGGCUACAGACGUCAUUCUGUUAGAUGGAGAAUUCAUUUUAUUUAACCUUUAUUUAACCGGGUAAGCUAGUUGAACAAGUUCUCAUUUACAACUGCGACCUGGCCAAGAUAAAGCAAAGCAGGGCGGUAAAAACAACAACCACACAGUUACAUAUGGGGUAAACCAAACGUACAGUCAAUAACACAAUAGAAAAUAUAUAUACAGUGUGUGCAAAUGUAGUAAGUUAUGGAGGUAAGGCAAUAAAUAGGCCAUAGUGCAAAAUAAUUACAAUUAUAAUUUAGUAUUAACACUGGCGUGAUUGAUGUGCAAAUAGAGAUACUGGGGUGCAAAUGAGCAAAAUAAAUAACAAUAUGGGGAUGAGGUAGUUGGGUGGGCUAAUUACAGUGACAACCCUCUUUCUUUUCCCCUCUUAAAUUCUUCUGUUUUUUUCUCUGCUCCAUCUCACUCUCAACUCUUUUUCUGUGCCUCUGUACAAACUGACAGCGCUCUCGUUACUUUUCGCAUGGGUGUGGAACCCACACUAUUCUACACCCUUUACCACAGAGGGAAUUUAAAAAAAUGCAGCUGUGUGGCAUUUUAAUCCACAAGUCAUGACAAAUUCCCCAAGGCUGUGUAAACAGAGGUGGUGGAGUUGACCUACAGUAACUUGUCUGCUGUGUACCUCAUUAGUUUUAUUAUUAACUCUGGGGUUGUUUGCCUUUACAGGAAAGCUGUUGCUGAAUCUCAUGGACCAUACAGAUAUAGUGCGAGACCUGACUUUCGCCCCUGACGGCAGCCUCAUGCUGGUCUCGGCAUCCAGAGACAAAACCCUGAGGGUCUGGGACCUGAAAGAUGACGGUAAGAACACUGAGCCCUGAGGAACACCUUUUGAUUUAGCUUGACUCCAUGUUAUUAUCUUGGAACUGAAACCGUUUUUCACAGUUUCACAUAGUUAAUGUUUUUGUUAGAGAUUUGUUCAGCUGUGCCAGCAAGCCACACUGAUCUGUUGAGGUCAAGAUGAUUAUGAUCCAUGCAGAUGUAAUUUUUGUGUGUUGGGCUAAUACACAUCCACACACAUGAAGCUGAAGAAGAAGGUAGCAUGUGAUAAGUUCCAGUGGAAUGUGGAAUUUGCUACUGCUGCGGUUCCACGUUGAAAGGCCCAUCACCCCCUGCAUGUAUUCUAAGCUCACAUGAGCAGAGAAUAAUGUUAAAAUUGGGCCCAGGUCCAACGAGGUCUCCUGAAUAAAAGCCUGGGGGGGGGGGGGGGGGGGGGGGGUAUUGCCUAGGGCACUGACCUAGUUUCUCCUCUUUUGACCAAAACAGUCCUGUAUCCAGUGAUUGAUCAAGGUCAGAUCACCACUAACACAUCUGUUUUAUCUGUGAUUCAGUGUUUUCAAAUGACUUAAGCAACAUACACAAGCAGUAGGAUUUUGUAUAGUUUUUGUAACUUUAAACAUGAAACACCACAAAGCUAGUCUCCAGAGCCUAAUUGGAAAAACCUCAAUUUUACCAUCUAAGCCCAUUAAUUAAAAUAGCCCAAUUAUCCCAAUUGAAAUCCUGCAGAAAAUCCUGUAAAGCUUGGAAACAUAAUCAGCAGACAUUCGUUAUACUGUUACUUCAUCACAAUAAUAAUUUUUCUGUCACAUGUACAUGUCAUAACAAGCUGUGAUGCUGUGUUGUAGGUAACAUGGUGAAAGUGUUGCGGGGUCAUCAGCACUGGGUCUAUUGCAGCGCAUUCUCACCAGACUCCUCAGUCCUCUGCUCUGUCGGAGCCGGUAAAGCGGUACGUACACCUGUUCCCCCUUCGCUCCCUUUUGAGAUGAACUGCUACUCUGUGUGCUAUUGCUUGUGCCUAGUUAUGCUCAAUGACCUACCAAUGAAACACUCCCACCUUCCCCCAUCCCCUCAACUGAAUCUUGACCGUUAUGCUUGGUGUCAUGACUAGUUCAACAACCCUGCCUGUAGUUCGGUUUGGCAUUGUUUGAAAUACAACUUUGGUAUUAAACAAAUUAUCACACACUUUUGUAAUAGUUCUAGUAUUUAUCCUCUAUCUACAAUCCAACUCACAAUCUAAACUGUUCAUUUGAUGCUUUAGUAUGUGGGAUGCAGAUUGCUAUGCUUUAUUUGAUGCCCUUUGAACCUCAAUGCAGACCCAAAUCAUUCAAAGAAAUGUUCUAAAGAUUUUUGGAUUCCCCUUUUGAUACACUCUGCCUGGCAUUUAGUAAAUGGUAUGCAAGGAGAAAAUUAGAUGGUUAGCUAAGUGGCGUAGUCCCCAAGAUGGCUGCCCAGCCAGUGAGGGAUCGGACCCCAAUGACUUGAGUCAAAGAUACACACUUUGCAAGAACCUUAUAAACAUGCUAGUAGUUAGUUACUGUAGCCAGUUCCAUCCUCCUUGUGCAGGGUGCAGCUAGAUUGUUGUUAGGCUGUGUGUGUCCAUAAGUGUCUUGCUUUCCCUGUCACAGGUGGCAGGUGUGUGAGUGUUUUUGAAGGGAGGGAGCGCCGCGCUGACAUAAAGCAGCCGGUGCAGACCGCUGGCUGGUGGCACCAGUGCCACUACUACUGCCGGGCUGGGACGCACUGUGCCCCUGCCCAGGGGGCAGGGCAGCCUUGCACCUACCUGACCGCAAGGUCUCCCGUACGUAGGUGCUGCUGUCUCCAUGUUUGUCUACCUCCGCUGUCGUAGUUCCUUUUAUAUCCGUUAUAAAACAGUAAUUUUAAAUGGCAGGAAAGUAAACCCUUCCCAACCACACGGUCCCUUACCCCUCUCCCUUACCCCCCCCCCCCCCCCCCCCCCCCCCCCCAACUGUACUUAAUUAGAAACCCUGCCUAUUAUAGCACACCUUAACUGACAUUUUGUUAGGUUUGUAGUUUUUUUGUCAGUUCAAUGUCAGUCUCGCCCACCCACAGUCUCUAACUUGUAUGAAUGACAUUGAUUAUUUGUCUCUCCAUAAUGAGGCUGUUAGCAUCAGUUACUGUAGUUUGAUAGCCGCAGUUCUCCCUCAUCCUCCUGACUUCUCUCCCGGGUCCCAAGUUUAAGGGCCAGUCAGCACGCCCAUCUCUGUUGUGGCCACCCCGCUCAGCCCCUUUUGUAAUGGAGUUAGUGUGCAGGGGCCAGGUCAUUGUUGGCGUAAAUGAGAAUUGAAAGGACUCUUUGUGGCUCCGCAGACUGUCUUCCUCCCCAUAAAUGUCCGCCUUUGUCCCAAAUUAACAUGGACAAUGUUGGAGUUGAAAAAACAUGAUGUAAGUUAGUGAAUUCCCUAUUUCCUCAUUCAACUCCCCCAAGGAAAUAUCCCACUUUGACAGAAAACAAACACAACAGUUAAUUAUUUUCUGUGACCAUAGUGGGAGAGGAAGAACAGUCUCUCAUACAUUAUGACUGAAAACCAGAACACAUACUCGUCAUAGUACGGAAAACAAAACUGCCAAAACAUUCAAACUGAACUCUGAAUUGCAUGAACAGAAAUGUUAUAGAGAACUGAGCCUCAUUUAAAAACGCCACAGAAAACAAAGGAGGUAACUGUCUGCCAUUUUGGAGCAGAUUUUCCUCAUACAUUCACUGGCAGUUGCCUGUCUUAUAAACUGUAGAGCUGUGUAGCUCGCCUAAAAUGCAGGCAGUAACCUCACCUUGGGUUCCUUUCAUUUCACACUAACGCUAGAGGAGGGAGUAGAGGAGGGAGUAGGAGAACAUUAUGAACUGAAGUAGCCCCCAGAAACCAUUGACAUUGAUUUUGGAAUGGCAUUUAUCUACUUUAGCUGAAAUGUUGCACUUGCUCAAGUGCAAUGUUUGCAGAACUCCUUGUUACGUUUGGAAUAGGCCUAUACAAUCUUGUUUUGGUUCUAAAAGUUACAACGAAAUUCCACAUCACUGUUAAAGCCUCUCUAGAAUUUGAGUUUAAUUUAGAUUUGCUCUGUUCUGCUCAAUUUAAACUUUUAACAAACGACAAGGGAUGUUUCUCUUGAGCAUGCAUUACAUUGCACUGGAGCAAAGGAACGUUCAAGCCCAUAUGGCUGACUGUUGAAAACCGUGUGCAAAUAUGUGUGUCCAAAGGCGUCAACCUUUUGGCCAUCAAAUGUUUUUUUCUCUUGCAGUAUGUCUCUUCGUAGGCUUCCGCCGGAGGUGCGAGCCUAUUGUAAUCACAGUGAACUAGAACUCUGAAAGGGGAAACCAGUGGAGUAACAUUAUGUUACCUUAAGUUACUACUUGUUUUAUUUUCUCCUUUUUCUGUAGACUUAAAAAUGUUAGUAUUGAGAAAACAUUGUAAUUAGAUAUUGAUAUGUUUUAAUGCUAGCCUACGUCAUAGAAAUGACAAUUUUAUGGAGCACAAUUUUAGCAGCUAUGUUAAAAAACCAGAUAUGCAGUGACAUGCAUUUUGUUACAUAACAUAGCAUUGCUGCUUGAGUAGCAUGUGCUUUAUUUUGUGCAUUGUUUGGUCUGUAGUUCAACACAUAAGCCAUAAAAUGACACUGAGCAUACAAUGAUUUUUCUGUUCAUUUCUUGCUUUAUUUUUGUUGCUUAAUUUAACUACUUGUAAUUUACAUUCCAUCUGUUUUUGCAUUUUAUGUUAGUCGUUUUUAAGUGAAGUGUUUUAAGUAGUUUAAAAUGCUUGUCCCUGCAUAGCGUUAUUCUGUGGGCUAUAACAUGGACCUCUUCCUUCUCUAGGUGUUCCUUUGGGAUAUGGAUAAAUAUUCCCUGAUCCGGAAGCUAGAGGGUCACCAUAAUGACGUGGUGUCCUGUGAGUUCUCUCCCGAUGGAGCCUUGCUCGUCACAGCCUCCUACGACACCCGCGUCAUCAUCUGGGACCCGCACAUGGGCACUGUGCUAAUGGAGCUAGCGUAAGUCAGACGCACACACACACACACACCAGGAACUAGUGCAAAGCAAUGACACAAUGAUGUUGUUAAGACCUUGUUCAAGGUUUCUUAUCUCUGUGUUUUUCGUUCCUUCAGGCACCUCUUCCCUCCCCCCUCGCCCAUCUUUGCAGGAGGGGCCAACGAUCGCUGGGUACGUUCCGUAGCGUUCUGUCACGAUGGCCGUCACAUCGCCAGCAUCACUGACGACAGGUAAGGAACAAAGCUUGAGACCUGUGUCUGGUGCAUCAGAAGGGCCCAAUAAGGAAAAGCUCAGCUUUAUAAAUGUUUGAGGUUCUUCUAGCUAAUGCCCACUUGUUCCUCUCGCUAAGGUGUUCUCUUCUACCUCAGGUGUAGUGCAUGUGCUGGUGUAGAUUUGUAAUAUUUGUGUUGGCCAUAGCUGCUUCACCACACCCAUUUGCGCUGUCACCCACACGGUAAACUGCGUGCCCUCACUCUCUGCUGAUGAAAAAGUGUUAGUGUUUGCUGCAGUAGCAGAGCGCUGUGAAGCAGAGAGAGAGAGAGAGAGGGAGUCACGAGUCUUAAUGGGGUCUGAGUGAGAGCAGAGCUGUUGCAGCCAGGCAGGGCCCCCUUUGGGAAUUGGUCACAUGACCCUCACAUGACAGCCAUUAAUCAACCGCCGACUUGCUUCCUUCUCUCCUUAGCCCCACCCUUCCCUUCGUUGGUUAGGCUGCUAAGUGUUUACCAGUGAGAAGGCAGAGAGGAGGAACGAGCUUCACAAAAUGGCGGACACAACAACAACAAAAAAUCAGCCACAUCUUUCAAGAUUAGAUUUUCAGAUAGGAUGAGGAUAAAACAUUUGAUUUUGUACAGUUACAUUUGAUUGAAUAGGGAAAAUAAAUAUUAUUUUUGGGGAAAUGUGUAAAUUCUUCUAAAGUAUGCUUCUUUGAUUUAGAAUUGACCGAACGUUUUUCACUUAGAAAAUACAAGACCACUGUUGAAGCGGAACAAUAUGAAGGAAUCCUACAGUUCAGUGUUCAUGUGGUUGUCAUGUGUUUAUGCUCUAUUUCAGCCAGCCUGUUUUGGCCCUAGUGCAGUUCCCAUGUGAUCUGUGUCAGCUGUGUCUGACCAGCGCCCCUCUUGCGGUCUCCCUCUCCCUCUUUAUUUUCUCCUUCUCUCACUCCUACACACCCACUAACUCAUUCUGUCCCUCCCUCUCUCCCCAGAAUGGUGCGUUUCUGGACCAUUGAUGAGAAGUCUCCCCAGGCCAUCGCUCCCCUCUCUAAUGGCCUCUGCUGUGCCUUCUCUACUGACGGGAGUGUCCUCGCAGCUGGGUGAGGCGCACACACACACACACUCCUACACACCUACCUACACCUCCCUGCCAUAUACACAUCUACACCUCUCCACACACAACCAUACCCCAGUCCAUUUAGAUACUCGAGGGGUGGGGGAUUAAUCCUGUUUGAGUCUCACACACCCUAGUCUAUAGGCAUGUGGCAGGUGAUCAAUCAAGACUUUAUGUACUGCCAAAAACUGGUUUUCCAGCUUUUUAUUUGCAUGCUAUAGGAAGCGCGGUGGCCCUGUAUGUUGAUGGUUACACCCAGGCUCUGGGUUAUCUUACAACGAUGCUUCAACCUGUUCUGUUAGACAGACCAUGGCUACCUAGUACCUACCUUUCAGUGCUAUUGUGAGGGAUAGAUCGACAUGGAAAUAACUCUCUCUCGCCCCCUUUCUCUCUCGCUCAGGUCUCGAGAUGGCAGCGUGCAUUUCUGGGCGUGCCCAAAGAGCAUUGCCAGCCUGCAGCACCUGUGUCGCAUGGCACUACGACGGGUCAUGCCCACCCAGCAGGUGCAGACGCUGCACAUCCCGCCACGCAUACGCUCCUACCUGUCUUACCAAGAUCUCUAGCCCUCCAUCUUCACCCUCACCACCCAACACAUCGCUCGCUGGAAAUCAAUGAAUAUUUUUAUUUUUAGUCAUUUAGCAGAC